AUGAGCCACGCGGAGCACAUCCGCGAUGUCUAUGUGUACUUUUUGCGCACGGGCAUCGCCAAUGAUGGGCUCGCGCAUGGCUGUGAGUAUACGCGCCAUGCACCUGUGCGCGCGCCGUGGGACGAGCCUGAUGCACCGCAGCACAGCGGCGAACGCUCCGAGGCGCCGAUGGAUCGCUACGGCUUCUUCGACGCCUCGGCGACGAUGGCACGCGGCGCGCCUGCGGUCCUUCCUGCGUCAGCGUAUGUGAAGCGAGGCCUACGGCACCCGGUCGCGCGCACACCAGCGCCGCUGGGACGGCGCAGGAUGCAGCGCCCGCCAAAGGCUGCUACCGUGCAGCGGCAGCGCGACGCCCUCACACGCACCGCAGAUGCUCGCGAAAGGCGGCGCAUACACAAGUGGAUGCACAUGCUGCAGGGAGAAGAGUUCCACGAAACAUUGCGUGCGCAUGUGGCGCCGGCGCUUGUCGAGCGCCGCAUAUUCAAAGGCGUGCCCGACGACAUGCGGGGACAGGUAUGGGACGUGCUCUCACGCGCGCACGGCACGCGGGACGUGCCGGCACCGCAUGAUAUGCUCGAGCAUGCUUCGCCGCAUGAUGGGCAGAUCGACUUGGAUGUGCCACGCACGGUCCGUGGCCACACGCGGUUUUUCACGCGGUACGGGCGUGGGCAGUGCGAGUUAUUCAGCGUGCUGCACGCACUCAGUCUCCUGUGCACGGAGUGCGGAUACUGCCAGGGCAUGGGCCCCGUCGCAGCCACGCUCCUGUUGCACGCGCCUGCAGCGCAGGUCCUGGCACUUCUCGUGCGCAUGCACGAUGCGUAUGGCUUUCACGACAUAUGGCGGCUUGGGUUUCCCGGGCUACGCGCCGAGUUCUUUGCGCUGCGAGAACUGCAGCGGGCAUUCACGCCGCGCGCGUCGCGGGCACUGGAGGCGGCCGGCCUCGCACCCAGUGCGUACGCGACAGGGUGGCUCAUGACGCUCUUCUCGGGCGUGCUCCCAUACGCAACACACUUGCGUGUGCUCGACAUGUUCUUCCAUGGAGGACGCAACGUGCUCCUACUCGUCGCCGUGGCCAUGGUGCGCGUGCUCGACGUGCGCCUCGCGCACGACGCGCACCUCGACCUGCUCGAGGAGCUCAGCCGGCCUAUGCUGCCGGAAGACGACGACGCCCUGUGCCUCUGGGUACAGCGCGCAAUGCAUGCGGCGGACGUGCAGGCCUGCUCACCUGGUGCGCCGGCAGCUGCGCGCGCGCAGCUCUCGGCCAUGUGCCGGCGCGUGAUCCUGCGCAACCUUGCGACGCUCUACGAUGUGGGCGACAUGCCCUACCGCCUCGCGCGCCCGUUCCUGCAGCAGUGCAGGCCGGAGCAGCUGCGCAUGCUGGAGGAGGCCUCGCCGCACCUCCUGGAGGACACAGACGAGCUGUGGCGGCGUGCAUGCCUCCGUGACUUUGCUGACCUGCGCAAGCUCGACGAGGAGGGGCGCCUGGACGCGCCGCCGGUGUGGCGCGACCUGUACCAGACCAGGCAGCAGCAGGCUGAGGAGGCCAAGGCGCUUGCGACCGCGCGCAUCAAAGGUCGCUACGCAGAGCACAGCGCACUGAAGAAUGCCAAGAAACUUAUCGUAACAGAUGUACCCAUACCCUCGCAGCGGCGCCGCCCGCGGCCUGUGGACCGCACGCCUGCCACAGCGCUGCAGUCGCAGGGCCGUGCCAUGCUCCUCAAGGCUCGCACGGGCCUCGCGAUGCGUGCGCGACAAAUGAUGCGGCCACCCCGCCACCAGCCCGCCGCGCGCGCCGCCGCCCCCUCUCUCGCUUCACGAAAGCCAGCGCCUCCGCCGCGCUCGGCGCCGCCGCCGCCGCCGCCGCGGGGCGGCGGUAGUGCCACGUGA